AGGCAGGACAUCCAGGGUGAUACUGUUAACACUGCGUGUCCUUAAAGAAAAGGGUAUGUGUGUGUGUGAUUGGGUGGGUGAGAGAGAGAGAGAGGGCAGACACAGCAAAACUGAGUGUUAAAAACCUUGAGUUCUGACAAAGCCUCCCAGUGUGUGUGAGUGGAAGCUGCAGCACACAGACGGUUUCCUGCUGGUGUCUCUACCAGCAUUUCAUGUGGAUGCAGCUGUUCAACAUGGACUUUCAAAACUUAACCUGAAUAAAGUGCAGGUGAGAGUGGAUGGAUCUGAAGACAGGAAUUUCUGCACUAUGGAAAUGUACGCCCGGCAGUGCUUUGUUUGGAUACUUCUGGAAGGUACCUUUUGUUUGUUGGUUCUUGGGCAACAUCAUGCCAACUUCGCCUUCAGCAAGAGAGCAUCACCUGAACUCAACAGAAGCCAAGACCCUUCUUCACAGAAAGACUGGGCGCUCCAAACUGGGAGUUUGAUUCCAAACACCAAACUACCCAUCAGUCCUUUUAUUCCUCUUUCAAAGCAGGGACUUCUGGAAAUACUUGGAGCAAACUCCCAGUCACACUCCAACCCGUCCUUAAAGAUAAAGCUUCGUCCCAUUAUGAAAGUUCAUGGAACAUCUAAAUUCUCCAGGACGUUCAACUGGGGGGACUUUUACUCAAACAUCAAAACCGUCAAACUGAAUUUGCUGAUAAUGGGUAAGAUCGUGGAUCACAGGAACGGCUCUCUCGGAGUCUACUUCCGCCAUAACUCCACAGGUGUGGGCAACGUGUCCGUCAGCCUCGUCCCACCGAUGAAAGAGGUGGAGUUUGAUCUGGAGCGCCAAAGCGUGGUCAACCCCAAAGACUCAAAGACCUUCAACUGCAGGGUGGACUAUGAGAGGACGGAACGCAACAAAAAGGUGAUGCUGUGCAACUAUGACCCAUCCAAGACGUGUGCUCAGGAGCAGACUCAGAGCCACGUCACCUGGAUGUGCUCCAAACCUUUCCAGGUCAUCUGCAUCUACGUGUCUUUCUACAGCACUGACUACAGACUGGUUCAAAAAGUGUGUCCAGACUACAGCUACCAGAAUCCAGGAGCCUACCUGCCCACAGGUUAACCGGAAGUCAAGGACACUAGUGGAAUAAUAUUUCAAUAAAUCCACAAAGAGAAAUCCAGUGUGAGCAGCAAGGAGCACAGUUAGCUGCGAGCCACCGGCUCACUGUCGCCAUGUUGAGAGCUGUUGAGAGGCAACAGAAAUGCUCCCAAUCCCGUAUUUAGCACCUUUAAAGCAACCUAUAUGUUUUUAGUGCAAUAUCUUGCUUGUUGUAGACUACAAGAGUUAUAUUAGACUGGUUUUAUGAAAUGCAUAUAAUUAGGGCUGCAACUAACUAUUAUUUUCAUUAUCGAUUGAUGUGACAAUUAUUUUUCACGAUUAAUCAAUUAGUAAAUUGAUUAAUUGUUUGGUUUUAUGAAAUGACAAAGUUGUGAGAAAAUCUCCUCACAACCUUUACUAUCACAGAAGACAACUAAAAGCAGAAAAUCAUUGUAAAUGAGGGGCUGGAGCUAGGUAAUGUUCAGCAUCGCCCUGUCGGGGUUUCUUUCACAACAAUGACCGGCUCGCUGUACAUUAUCCCUUAAAUGUUACACCAAGUAUACCAUACAGUUAAAGAUCAAGUCUUUUUUUAUUUUAAGUCAGGAUGUGUUCCUCCUGCUAUGAUGGACACAUUGAUUUGGGAAUAGCAGACAGAAAAUCACAGGACUUACCUGUUGUGGGAGUCAGCAGUAUGAGUUUGACAAAUUUGUGAGCUUCUUUACAUAUUGAUCAGGGGGAACAGUAUCUGACUGUAACAUCCCCUGCUGUCAGGAUGUGCCCCUCUGCUAUGAUGGAGGUGUAGCAGGUCAGUUAAGCAUAACAAUUGUGCAUUUUGCAAUAAAAGCAACACAUUUGGCACAGAUGCAGGUGUAUAUGUUAUGAAAAGAUAUAGAUAUCUUUAUAGAUAUAGAUAUGCUUUUAUCGCAAAAUGCACAAUUGUCAUUAAUAUUUCGGCUUAGCUGCCCCACUAGUGGUUUUAAGACAAAGAUAAAAACCUAAGAAAUUGUAUGAUGAGGUUUUUAAAUCUUCUUUUUACCUUUUCUCAGUUAAAGGGACUGUUUGUAACUUCUUACACGUAUAAAUCACCUGGUUCGGUGUCCCAUGCGUGCUCGCGUAUUGCUACGCUGUGGCUACGCUGUUCAGACAAGACUCCAACACAAACUAC